UACACUGAUGCAAAAAUGAUGGAAAGCAUUUAGCCUAGCCACCAAGUCCGUCCUUUCGGUCAAGCGCGAAAACGCAUCCCGUGCUAGCUACCUUUGUCACCAGUGGUAUUCCCAAUGAUCGAAGUGGGUGCCAAUAACUGAACUCUGGAGCGAAAUAAAGUUGGGCACGGUAGCUAAAUUAGCACGCUAACUAUAAACAAGAACCCGAUAUGCUGUUUAAUGAGCUGGGGACAGCUAAAUCUACUGGGACAGCAAUUUCCUGUGGACUGAGAUGCGGAGACAAUGUAGCGAGAUGUGUUGCUAGCUAACUAACGUUACUCAACUGCGAGUUAACUACAACGUAUUUUUGGCAUCAGAGUGAGCUUUAAGAAUUCUCUGGGACCGUCCACAUAUACUUGUGGUGUCAUGGUAAUAAAUGUCGAUACGUGUUGAAGAUUGUUUAUCGGUACCCGCCGAGCGCUUCCCUGCGUUGCUCAUAUUACUUCACAGAUGAAAGUCAUAAGCGAUUUAUUUGUGGAGGAUUGCUCUGAUGUAGCUGGCCAGCAAACUAGCUACGAGGACAUCGGGAUCACAUUGUAGCAAAAAGGUGUCUCUGUGAGGGACAUCAGGACCGGGAGACGGGAUGGACCAGCAGAAAUCAAACUGCGAAGAGAAUGACUCUGAAACGGCAGCUGAUGAUGGCACUCCCCCAGAGCUGGCUGCCCCACCUGAGGGGGAGUCUGAGCCCCCAGAGACACCCAUGGAAACUUCUAGCACACCUGUCAGGGCCUGCGCUCUGUGUAACUGCGAGGAGCGGAGUCUGCACGGGCAGCGGGAGCUGAGGCGCUUCCGGCCGUGCCCCUCCUGGGCCCCCCCGGAGAACCCCCCCACCCCCGCCGUGCUGCAGGGGGGCGCCAGCGACGACCUGUCUUCCAUCGGCUUCUCUGACCACACCCCCUCCGCUUCGCUGUUGGACGAUACAGGGCACUGCUGGGUCCACCACUGGUGUGCAGUCUGGUCAGAGGGUGUGGCCUGCACUGGGGAUCAGGAGCUGAAGGGUGUGGACGAAGCUGUCAUCUCAGGGAUACAACAGCGUUGUGAAUACUGUAAAAGGCUGGGUGCUACCAUACGGUGCAAGGCAGAGGGGUGUACGAAGUUCUACCACUUCCCCUGCUCGGCUGCGAGUGGCUCGUUCCAGUCCUUGAAGCAGCUGGCCCUCCUGUGUCCAGAGCACAUAGAGCAAGCGGUGGAGAUGGCGGGCGAGGAGGCGCGGUGCGCGGUGUGUGAUUCGGCGGGUGAGCUGGCGGCCCUGCUGUUCUGCACGGGCUGCGGGCAGCACUACCACGCCGCCUGCCUGGAGAUCAGCGCCACGCCCCUGCAGCGGUCCGGCUGGCAGUGCCCAGAGUGCAAAGUGUGCCAGACCUGCAGGCAGCCCGGUGAAGACUCCAUGAUGCUGGUGUGUGACGCCUGCGAUAAGGGCUACCACACCUUCUGCCUGCAGCCCGCAAUGGAGUCCCUGCCCUCUGAUCCCUGGAAGUGCAGGAGAUGUCGAGUGUGUCGGGAGUGUGGGGCCCGUGGUUGGGCGUUGCCGGGCAGCGCUCAGUGGUUCGAGAGCUACACCGUCUGCGACGGCUGCUGGCGGCAGCGCAGUUCGGCGUGUCCGGUCUGCGGCAGGGCGGCGGAGCCCCCUUCAGCCUCGCUCAGCUGUCAGAGGUGCUGCAGAUGGGUCCACAGCCAAUGUGCAGCCUGUACAGACUCCGCUCAGGGCCAAUACACCUGCUACCUUUGCCAAGAACCGCCACCGGCAAGCACCACCGGCGUCGCCGUGCCAACCGCCCUGGCGGGGGACAAGGACGAGACCAGCACUCCCAUGGAGAUUGAAAGUGGAACCAGGGGCGCAAGCUCUUCUCCUGCUGCUGAAGAAAUGACAGAAGAUGCUCAGAGUCUGUCCCAGGACACGGCAGACCCGGCUGCCCCCCCAGCCCCUGCAGCCACAGCCCAUUCUCCAACUCCAACCACAGCUACGCCCCAAUCUCCUACUACCACCCCAGUUACACCCUCAACGGCCAUUCCCAUGACAGAUGCUUCCCUAACGUCAACUACAGACACACCCCGAUCUCCGACUACUGCUACUGACACACCCCGAUCUCCAGCUACUGCUACAGACACACCCCAGUCUCCAACUACUGCUACAGACACGCCACAAUCUCCAACUACAGCAACAGGCACACCCCAAUCUCCAACUAUAGCUACAGACACACCCCAAUCUCCAAUUAUAGCUACAGACACACCCCAGUCUCCAACUAUAGCUACAGACACACCCCAGUCUCCAACUAUAGCUACAGACACACCCCAGUCUCCAACUAUAGCUACAGACACACCCCAGUCUCCAACUAUAGCUACAGACACACCCCAGUCUCCAACUAUAGCUACAGACACACCCCAGUCUCCAACUUUAGCUACAGACACACCCCAGUCUCCAACUUUAGCUACAGACACGCCCCAGUCUCCAACUAUAGCUACAGACACGCCCCAGUCUCCAACUAUAGCUACGGACACACCCCAGUCUCCAACUAUAGCUACAGACACACCCCAGUCUCCAACUACUCCUGCAGACACACCCCAGUCUCCAACUACUCCUGCAGACACACCCCAAUCUCCAACUACUCCUGCAGACACACCCCAAUCUCCAACUACUCCUGCAGACACACCCCAAUCUCCAACUACUCCUGCAGACACACCCCAAUCUCCAACUACUCCUGCAGACACACCUCAAUCUCCAACUACAACCACACCUACACCCCAAUCUCCAACUACAGCUACUGACACACCCCAAUCUCCAACUACUGUUACAGACACACCCCAAUCUCCCACACCAACCACAGCCACACCCCUAUCUCCGACUCCAACCUCUGCUACACCCCAAUCUUCAAUGACAGCCACAGCUCUAACCCAGCUGCCAGUUACAACCCCAGGUAUACCACAAACAUCACCCACAACUGCAGAUACUGCCUUGACACAAACCAGAACCAUAGCUACACCCCCAUUGCCUGCUCGAACUGCAGAUGCUCCUCCAACACCAUCUCCAACCCCAGCUACACCCACAGUACUAGCCCCAACCAACACUGCAGCCCUAGUGACAACCCCAACCACAGCUGCAGCCCUGGUGACAACCCCAACCACAGCUGCAGCCCUGGUGACAACCCCAACCACAGCUGCAGCCCUAGUGACAACCCCAACCACAGCUGCAGCCCUGGUGACAACCCCAACCACAGCUGCAGCCCUGGUGACAACCCCAACCACAGCUGCAGCCCUAGUGACAACCACAGCUGUGGCCCUAGUGACAACCACAACCACAGCUGCGGCCCUAGUGACCACCCCAACCAUACCUGCUGCCCUAGUGACGACCCCAACCAUACCUGCAGCCCUAGUGACGACCCCAACCAUACCUGCAGCCCUAGUGACGACCCCAACCAUACCUGCAGCCCUAGUGACGACCCCAACCACAGCUGCGGCCCUAGUGACAACCACAGCUGCAGCCCUAGUGACCACCCUGACCACACCUGCAGCCCUAGUGACAACCACAACCACACCUGCAGCCCUAGUGAUGACCCCGACCACACCUGCAGCCCUAGUGACAACCACAACCACACCUGCAGCCCUAGUGACAACCACAACCACAGCAGCAGCCCUAGUGGCAGGCCCAAGCACAACUGCAGCCACAAUACCAUCCCCAAAUAAAGCUACUCCCACAAUACCACCUCUAACAUCAGUCACACCCACAGCACCAUCCCCAAAUACAGAUCCACCCACAAUAGCAACCCCAUGCUCAGCUGCACCCGCAAUACCUGUCCCAACCACAGCUUCACCCACAAUAUCAUCCCCAACCACAGCUACACCCACAGUAUCGGCUUCAAUCGCAGCUACAGUCACAAUACCAUCCAUAACCAUGGCUAUGCCAACAAUGCCAAGCCCACCUUUAGCUGCACCCAAAAUGCCUGCUCCAAUUCCAGCUGCGCCCAUCUUGCCAGCUCCAGCCUCUGCUACUCUCCAAACACCAAUAGCAACCCCACCCCAGGUGCCAUCUCCAACCGCAGCAACCAUUCAAAUACCAGCUACUGGUGUAGCUACACCAACCACUGUCCGAACUGCAGCUUCAGCUACACCCCCAAAGCCAACUAGGACUGCAAGUCUGGAAACAGCCCCCGAUGCAGCUGCUCCUCCAACACCAGCUACAACCGCAUCAGCCCCUGCAACAUCAACGGCAGCCACUGAACCAGAAUCUGAAACUACUCCACUAGCGACCGAAACGCAGGGUGGUGUCGCCCUGAGAACAGCUGCAGCGAGUGGGGCUUGCUGCUCCCCUGCAGAGCAGACAUCAGGACAGGAAAGGCUAAAGGUCAGCAGUGGGGGUCAGAACAUUGGUGCAUCUUCCAUUCAAAUGCCAUCUCAGCCUUUGCACCUUCCCCCUGUCCCCAAAGAUGAGGAGCCCGUUUCCAUGGGAGGGGUGGAGCCGCAGCCUCAGCAAGCACUGGAGGCGGAGCCAAGGACUAACUCUGUCACUUGCACCUCAAUGUCAGAGACCCUUCCUCCUGCUGUUGCCAUGGAGGUUGGAUCCACCCUGUCAGAAGAUGGGGAGGCGGAGCUGGAUGUGGAGAAGGGAGAGUCCCACGGGCUGGAGCUGGAGCCCCAGGAUGGAGAAGCCAGGGCACAGCUCUUCCUGGACGAGGCGUCCAAUCAGAGCCGCGGGGACGGCAGCAGCAGCGGUUUCCUAGGCUCCCCAGGGGAGCCGGACUCUCGGUCCGUUUCCAUGGAGGUGAGCCUUGACUCCCAGUCCGUUUCCAUGGAGAUGGGCCUUGUUCCGGUUGACAGGUCUCGCUCGAACUCCCUGCUCACCGAGACGGACGACUCGCUGCCCUUUGACCCCUCCAAGCCUGACGGGGAGAAGGCAAAGCGGAGGGGCUCCCCCGGUCGCUCCCGCGUCAAACAGGGCCGUAGCAACAGUUUCCCAGGGAAGCGGCGUCCCCGCGGAGGCGGGACCGGACGCGGGCGGGGCCGGUCGCGCUUCAAAGCCACGGCGUCCUGUAUGGAUGGAUACUUUGAGAGCAUGGACACCGGCAUUGGGCUGUGCAAAGAGGAUGACGACGAUGAAGACGACACCAUGCAGAAUACCGUCGUGCUCUUCUCCAACUCUGACAAGUUUGUCAUGCUGCAGGACAUGUGCGUGGUGUGUGGCAGUUUCGGGCAGGGUGUGGAGGGUCAGCUCCUGGCCUGUGCGCAGUGUGCUCAGUGUUACCACCCCUACUGCGUCAGCAGCAAGAUCUCGCGGGUGAUGCUGAGUAAGGGCUGGCGCUGUCUGGAGUGCAUCGUGUGCGAGGCGUGCGGCAAGGCCUCCGACCCCGCCCGCCUGCUCCUCUGCGACGACUGUGACGUCAGCUACCACACCUACUGCCUGGACCCGCCCCUGCACACCGUGCCCAAGGGCGGCUGGAAGUGCAAGUGGUGUGUGAGAUGCGUGCGGUGCGGUGCCACCUCCCCUGGCUUCCACUGCGAGUGGCAGAGCAGCUACACGCACUGCGGGCCCUGUGCCAGCCUGAAGACCUGCCCCGUCUGCUACCAGGACUUCGCCGAAGAGGAGCUGCUGCUGCAGUGCCAGCACUGCGACCGGUGGGUACAUGCUGUCUGUGAGGGCUUGUACACGGAGGAUGAGGCAGAGCAGGCUUCAGACGAGGGCUUCACUUGCACUGGCUGCUCCCCCUACUUCCCCAGACCCGUGGCUGUUGUGACACCUUCCUACUUGGCUCCCCUGAAAGUGAAAGAACCAGAGCCGCAGUUCUACCGCCUGGAGGGGGUCUGGCUGACGGAGACCGGCAUGGCCCUCCUGCGCAGCAUCUCCCUGCCGCAGCUGCAGAAGAAACGGCCGCGCCGGCCCCGCCUGGAUACCUGCGACGGUGCGGAGCCGAAGGAGGGAGAGGGCUGCGGGGAGCCGAUGGACUGCGACUCCAAGAUGGAGGCCCCUGGGAGCCCCGAGGGCGGCGGGGGCCCGGAGGGAGGCGCAGAGGGCGGGGUCGACGGCGAAGGCUUGAAAGGAGGACUGAUGGAGGAGGAGGACGAUAAGAAGAAGAAGCGGAAGCCCUACAGGCCAGGGAUCGGGGGGUUCAUGGUGCGACAGCGGAAGUGCAACCUGCUGUUGAAGAGAGGGAGGAUCCUCCCGCCGCCCAGCAGAGAGGGCGCGGCCGAGGGGCUGGCCACGGCCGAGGGGCCGGCCCCAGACCGAACCCCAGACGAAGCAGUGUGUGCGGGAGUCCCCCCUGAGACCCCCCAGGACCCCAAGCUGACGGAGGCAGAGGCGGAGCAUGCCAAGAAGCGCCGGGGCAAGAAGAGGAGCAAGCUGGAAGACAUGCUGCCCUCGUACCUGCAGGAGGCCUUUUUUGGAAAGACGCUGCUGGACCUCAGUAAGAGGGCGAUUCAGGCCCCUGCGGGACAGAGGCCCCAACAGGGCCCUCCCCGGCCCCCGCAAUCCUCAGCCCCGCCCGCACAGGAGCCGGGGGGUAAACCCACACCCCCUCAAACAGCGGGUGCUGUGGAGGGGGCCGAGGGGUCCCCCGCUCCCCUGAAGCAGGAGGCUGGAGCAUCACACACUCGGGAGGGAGGAGAAGGUACCCCAAACGAGGUGGAGAGCCAGGACUCCGAGCAGUUCUUCCGGAAGGUUCUUGGGUCCUCGGAUAGCACCUCCCUUGGCGGGACGCUGCAGGCCGGCAUGAGGCCAAUCCUGGAGAUGGGCCCGGGGGGGCCCACCAAAAGCUUACCACCAGGCAGCUCUCUCUCUGGGGCCCUUCCAUCUGCCGGCCUCAUGGACUCCUUCCCUGGACUGUGCCAGUCCCCGUUUUUUGACAGGAGCGACCGUGCAGGGUUGUUCAGCCCAGACCACGAAGACGAGAGCUUCUGGGACCCUCCCUCCACCCCUGCUACCCCCUCCACGCCCCCCACCCCCACCGAAACGGAGGGGGACGGCCUGUCCUAUAACCAGCGUAGCCUGCAGCGGUGGGAGAAGGACGAGGAGCUGGGCCACCUGUCCACCAUCUCACCCGUCCUCUACGCCAACGUCAACUUCCCCAGCCUCAAACAGGACUAUCCAGACUGGUCCAGCCGCUGCAAACAGAUCAUGAAGAUUUGGAGAAAGAUUACUGCUGCUGAAAAGGCUCCCUUUUUGCAAAAGGCCAAAGACAACCGGGCCACUCAACGGAUCACCAAGGCUCAGAAGUUUGAGGACAAGAGCCUGGCGUGUCGCCCUGUGAAGACUGAGGCUGGGUCUUCGGAGGGGGGCCGCCCUGCUCUGCACCUCCACAUCGGCCCUCCAGGCCUGACGCCUGACACCUCCCAGCCCAGCUCUGCGGAGAGCACUGCCCCCGGCGGGUCCUCCUCCACCUUCCUCACAGAAGGCCCUGUGAAGACCGCAGGGUCUGCUGGCAAUCCUGCAGACUGCCUUCCAAAGCUUCCUCCUCAGUCCCCCCAGCCCCACGUCCACCCCUCCACCCCCCAUGCCCAAUUGCCCAGCAGACCCCUGCAGGCGGACCCCUUCCCCAGAGCCCAACACCAGCAUUUCCAGGAACCCUCAGGCCCUCGAGAGAGCCCUCAAACCCGGGGUGCCAUGGAGCCGCCUCUCCUUUCCCCUCCCCGUGGCACGGGCCAGGAGCUUGGCUCCAGCUCUCCAGCUGGGUCGCUCAGCCCGGGGAGUGGGCUCUUCAAGGCGCCCCCGACACCACGGGCGCACCAGGGAGAGCCAACCACCGCACCCUCACCUGGACACGUGUCUGACGGCAGUUACCGGCAGUCGCCCUGCACCCCUCUUUCAGACCCUUACGCUCAGCCGCCCCUCACCCCCCGCCCUCUGUCUGGGGGGAGCUGCUCUCCCCUACCCCUGCAGGACCCGUGCUCCAGGGUGCCCAGCAGCCCCAAGCCCCAGCCUGGAGCACGUUCACCCCUGACCCCCGGAACACUUUCCAGCGAGGCCUUCUCUGCUCAGUCGCCUGCCGCAUCACGUUUCCAGUCCCCUGACCCCUGCUCCCGGCCACCCUCACGGCCCCAGUCCCGUGACCCCCACGCCACUCCGCUCAAACCCUGCCGUCCCUCUCCUGCCACCCCGGAAGGAAGCCCAGCCUUCGCAGGCUCUCCUUGUGAAAGCAGGCAGGCCCCGCCCCCUGCCCUCCCGCCCUCCCCAGGGGACCCCCUCUCUGGGAAAUCGCCGGGACUCCCCAUGUUGAGCCAGAGCCCCGGCUCAGGUGCAUUUCCGGGGAGUCGGCCUCCACUGUGCUCCCCAGCCCAGCCCCAGAUCCAGCCCCAGAUCCAGCCCCAGAUCCAGCCCCAGAUCCAGCCCCAGAUCCAGCCCCAGAUCCAGCCCCAGAUCCAGCCCCAGAUCCAGCCCCCGGCUGUUCACCGCUUCCCCUCGAGGCCCCAGCUACCCCCGGGGGCCCACGACGUGUCCUCUCCAUGGCCGCGGGAAACCCAGCAGGGCCUUGGCCGGCCAGCCCAGGAGCUUCCGGACCUGGCAGGAGCUCAGGACUCGGCCCUAAGUGGUCUCAGCCAGGCUGACCUGGAGAAACACAGACAGAAACUGAGGCUGCGAGAGCUUUUGCUCCGACAGCAAAUGCAGAGGAACUCACUUCGUCAAGAAAAAGAAGCUGCCGCUGCUAAUAGUGGUGCCACUAACUGGUCUGGAGGAGAGACUGCACCCUACUCGCUGGAUAAGACCCUGCGUCCACCUCCUCCUUACCCACAGGACAGAGCUGCUGUCUGUCUGCCCUCAAUGGAGGAUAAGCUUGGCCCUCCGCCGCCUCCUCGGACGCCCGUUAACCUUGACCCCAGCACCAUCAGGCUACAGGGGCCCCAAAACCUGCAGGGAUUUCAACCCCAGUCUCGUUUCCCCGCCCCAUGGCCAGGGCAGCAAGCGGGCCUGCAGAGAUUUCCUCAGCCAUCUGCGGCAGGGCCAAGACCUUUCCCUGGUGUCCCCAUGAACAUCCAGGGGGUACAGGGAAUGCCUGAUCCUCGCACCCUGGUGCCCGGCCCCCGUGUCCCCAUUCCCCCUCCCCAAUUCAUUGAGCUUCGGCACAAUGCUCAGAGGACCUUCACAGGGCAUCAAUUCACUCCUUCUGGCACCCAGCCCCGCCCUCACCUCUACGCACCCCAGCAGGAGAGGGGUACCCCCUUUGCACAGUCUUCUGUUCCCCCUUCUGCCUUGCCCCCCUCCCUCGCCUCUUUGCCCGGGGCAGGCCCAGACCUAGCUCAGGUGCAGCAGCAAAGUGGCCAGGCCUUCACACCAGCAGCCCAUCAGAGUGCCAUGCGUCACCCACAACCCCACCUACAGCAACACCCUUCUGCUCCCGGGCCCCUCCCCCACCGUCAGUCCCAGCAAACUGAAACCCCGGCUGCAUCCCCUGCCCUCGGGCCUCGUCCCCUCGAUCUGCCAGAGCCCAACACCGUUGACCCUUUUGGUCCCAAAGGGCUGGGUCCUGUGGGUGGAGAGGAGGGGACGGAGGAAGAGGAUGACCUGGUGACCCUCGAUCUCGGGCCUGACAAGGGGGAUGAUGAGCUUGGCAACCUGGACAAUCUGGAGACAGCCGACCCACAUCUGGAUGACCUACUAGUUUGUGACGAAUUUGACCUGCUGGCUUACACUGACCCAGAGCUCGACCAGGGCGACCCCAAGGAUGCUUUCUCCGACCAACUGCGGCUGGUGGAGGCAGAGGGAGAAGCCCCACCUACUUCCAGUGCUGCUUCAGACGUAAAAUCAGAGGAUAAACCAGGUUUGCCGUUGCCGGGCCAGGAGACACUCCGAGACAGUGGGUCCUUGGUCACAAAUCCCCGUCAAAAACCUGUGACAUCUGUUGCCUCUGCACAGCCAUGCUCUUCCUCAUCAGGGUCCCCUUGGCUUGGCACGGUUAAGCUGGAGGAUGGUGCCUCAGGCUUGCGUGGGUGUCAAACCCCAGUAGCCCUUUUUGAGAGAGAACAGGGACCUAAGCAACAACAGAACACACCUGCUAUGGUGAAAGAUGAGGUGGGUGAAGCAGUAUCCAUGUUGCUAGGCAGGACGCCCACCACAGCAAAGUCCCCAAGUGUACUUUCCACCCAGCCAUCUGACCCUACCAUCCCCGCUGGUGGCCUUUCGUACCCUCACACCGGGCAAGCUGAUCCCCUUGCCUUUCCAUUACCCGGGGGACAGCGCUCUCCUGCUGUAGACCUGGACAGAGUAGAAAGCUCCCUGGAGGCCAGCGAGUUGCCCCUGCUGAUCCAGGACCUGCUGGAACAUGAGAAGAAGGAGCUCCAGAAACAACGUCAACAACAACAACAACAACAACAACAGCAGCAGCAGCAUCUGGGCCAAUUUCAGCAGGGGGCACUGACCACCCAACAUCAUGGCCUGCCCGCUCAACACCAACAGCCUCAAGGGCUUAUGGGUCAGCCAGGUGUGCAGCAGCAAAGGCUCUUGGGUGCAGCUGCAUGCCCAACACCCCACGUGAACAUGGUUUUACAGCAGGGUAUGGUGGGAGUUGGACAGCCAGCAGGGCAUCCUACACUCGGUAACCCACAGCAGCAAGUGACUAAACAGCAAGCCCCAGUGAACAACUUCUUCCAGGACACAGAUCUUGACAAGUUUGCCACAGAUGACAUCAUGGACCCCAUUGCAAAGGCCAAGAUGGUUGCCCUGCAAGGCAUCAAGCGGGUGAUGGCACAAGGCCCACUUGCGGUGCCACCUGGUGUCAGCAGGCAGCAGGUUUCUCUCCUGGCUCAGAGUCUGACUGGUGAAUCGCAGGCCCAGCUCCCCCCAGGGCUCCCCCCAGGGAUCACCAAGGAAGGGGAAGCCAGCAACCCUGAGCAGUCCAGACCAAACCCUCCACAGUGUACACCAGGAAACAUCAGGGACGGUGAUCAGCAGCAGCAGUACGAGGAGUGGCUCCUGCACACGCAGCAGCUGCUGCAGAUGCAGCUGAAGUUCCUGGAGGAGCAGAUCGGGACGCACCGCAAGUCCCGCAAGGCGCUCUGUGCCAAGCAACGCACCGCCAAGAAGGCUGGCCGCACGUUUGCCGAGGCAGACGCCGAGAAGCUCAAGCUAGUCACUGAGCAGCAGAGCAAGAUCCAGAAGCAGCUCGACCAGGUGCGUAAGCAGCAGAAGGAGCACAUCACGCUCAUGACAGAGUACCGCACCAAGCAGCAACAGCAGCACCAUCAGCAGAACUCUGGUCUCCUGGCCCCUGGCUCCUCGAUCCAGGGCGCCCCUGUGAUCUCUGGUGCUCCUGGGCCCAUGAUGAUGAUGGGCCAGCAAGGGGCCCCGAGGCUGGGGCAGCAGCCUGUGCGGAUGCCUGGUGGAGGGAUUCUGGCAGGGGCGCAGCCAGGACCGCCUUACCCUGGCCCUUCUGCAGGGUACUUUCCCCAGGUGGCCAGGGCUCCCGAUCCAAGACUCGUACAGGAACGACAGAUGCAGCUCCAGCAAAGGAUGCAGCUGGUUCAGAAAAUGCAGCAGCAGCAGCAGCAGCAGCAACAGCAAGGCAUGAUGGGGCAACCCUUAAUGACUCAACAGCAGCCACCUCAGCAGCAAGGCAUGAUGGGUAAUUCUGUAAUUGUUCAACAGCCACAAGGCAUGAUGGGUCAUUCCGUAAUGCCUCAACAGCAAGGCAUGAUGGGUAACCCCAUAAUGGCCCAGCAGCAGCCACCUCAAAAGCAAGGCAUGAUGGGAAAUCCCGUAAUGCCUCAACAGCAGCAACUUCAGCCGCAAGGCAUGAUGGGAAAUCCUGUAAUGGCUCAACAGCAGCAGGGCAUGAUGAACAGUUCAGUAAUGGCUCAGCAGCUGCCCCCUCAGCAGCAAGGCAUGAUGGCUAAUCUUGCAAUGGCUCAACAACAGCAUGCCAUGAUGGGUAAUCCCAUUUUGGCUCAACAGCAACAGGGCAUGAUGGGUAAUGCUGUAAUGGCUCAACAGCCACCACCGCAGCAAGGCAUUGUCGGUUAUCAGGGCUCAGGCUCGGGCUCGGCUCAGGCACUACAGGGCCCAUCUGGAAACCAGUCCACAACUCCACUGCAGCAGAACCCCAUGGGCCAACAGACCAUGACUCAAACUCAAGGAAUGAUGGCAACUCCGCAAGGGCUGAUGGAAAACCAACAGAUUAUGCUGCAGCAGCAUCAGAGGCCUCAGGCAUUAAUGCCCCAGCAGGGGCAGCUUGCACCCCAGCAGCAAGCUUCUGUGCCAAGGUCAAUGUUCCACCCCCAGCAGCAGCAGCAGAGGUUCCUAAACCCAGCCAGCCAGCAACUCCAACCCACUGGAGAGCGCAGUCCUGCUCCACCUCCACUGGGGUCAGCAGAAUCCACUCAGGGUAGACCUCAACUGCAAGGGAGCCCGCAAAUACAAGGUAGCCCACAAACCCAAGUACAAGUGGGCGCUGAGAGCCUGCAGCAGAGACCCACAGUACAGGCUGGCAGCAUGCUCUUACAGAGGCAGGCCUCCAUGGGUGGGGAGAUGCCUGCAGUGACUGUAGUAAAGCAGGAAGUGCAGCAGGGGAGUUACAUGGUGCAACAGGGAGCAGGAGUUGCUGGGCACCCACAGGGUGUGGUGGUGCAGAACCGUGUCAGUCAGCCUCAGCAAGGCGGUAUGGUUCACCCUGGCCAGCAAGAGCUUGGCCUUCUUGCUCAACAGCAGAAGCAAGGCAUGAUGGGACAGAGACCAGGGGCUCCUAUGGGACAAAUCCGGGUGCCUGUAAACCUUCAGGCUUUCAUCGCCCAGAACCCCCAGCUUCGCCACCUCACCCCCAACCAGCAGGUCCAACAUAUCCAGGCCUUGAUCGCCCAGCGGCAGCAGAUGCAAGGGAGGCUCCCCCUGUCUCAGGGGCAAGGCCUAGUCCAGAACAGGCUGGGCCAAGCCCAGCAAAUGCAGGGUUUUGGAGCUCAGCAGCAGAUGUUCCGUGGGACUGCCGGCCAUCAGGUGGCUCUGGGCCCCUCUUCCUCCCAGCAGCAAGGGGUGCUGGGUCAGCCCUCUGGUGUGGUGCCUCAGAUGCAGCAAAACAUUAUGGGUUCCCAACAACAACAGCAAAACAUUAUGGGUUCCCAACAACAACAGCAAAGCAAUAUAAGUUCCCAACAACAGCAACAACAACAGCAGCAACAAAGCAUAAUGGGACAGCCAUCUGCCAACCAUCAGCUGAGCCAAGCUCAACAGCAGGGUCACUCAGCUCCACAGCAGCCAGGGGUGAGAAGUCCAAUGGGCUUGAUUCAGGCGAGGGGGCAGGGGUCCAUGACUCCUCAAGGUCGUGUAAGUACGCCGGCCUCUCCCCGAGAUGCCUUGUGCCAAAACUCUCCUGGAGACCCCUUGUCUGCCCAACAGGAGCACCUACAACAACAACAGCGCCACCUCUUGGCACAGCCUAUGAGCGUGUUCCAACCCUCCCCCACACAAGCACCGGCAAGUAUCGCCUCAUGUCCAUUCCAGGCUCCUCAUGUCCUGGAAGGUUCUCCAGCCGGCUCCUUGGAAAUAGGCCUCCUCCCACUUGCAAGGAAAAGGGAAUCUGGCUCUGCCCUGGGCCCCCUUGCAUCUUCAGCCCAACUCUUGCCCGUGGACUCUGCAGCUCGGGCAGCUGGCCCAUUGGGCCAGGUGACGGGAACUAUAAUGUCAUCACCAAGGGGCACCAGCGAAGGCCCGGACCAGCCAGACAGGACCCUGUGCGGAAUGACCCCGCAGGCCAUCAAGCAGGAGCCCCGGGAGGUGCAGUGCAGCUCGGAGGCUGGAGACGAGGCCCGUCCUGGGGCCGUCAAGCGUGAGGCCAACGGUGAGCCUGUUGCGCGGCGGGCCGAAACCGGGCAUCUGCUCCUACAGAAGCUGCUGCGGACCAAGAACCUUCAGGCGGCGGCGGCCCAGCGGACCACCGAAAGCACCCACAGCGAGAUCAACGGCCACAUCGACAGCAAGCUGGCCAUGCUGGAGCAGAAGCUGCAGGGCACGCCACGGAACAUGGAGGAACUGCAGGCCGUCACCAAGAAGGCUCCUGUCCCAAAGGCCAAGGGUCCCACCACCUGGCGCAAGAAGACCAAAAAGGAGGAAGCGGGAAAUACCACCGAAGCGCUGAAGAAACAGCUGAAGCAGGAGCUCUCUCUCCUUCCCCUGAUGGAGCCCUGCAUCGUGGCUAACCUGGGAGUGUUCGCCCCGUUCGGCAGCAGCCCGGCCGACAGCAAGGCCCACCUGAAGGGUGGCUUCGGCAGCGCCGUGCUGGACGACAUCCCCGACUACUACUCCCAGCUGCUCUCCAAGAACCACCUCAGCAACCCCCCGACCCCUCCGUCCUCCCUGCCCCCCACGCCCCCGCCCUCGGUGCACCACAAGCUGCUGAACGGCAUGACCACCACUGAGGAGGAGCCGCCCGACGCGCAGAAAGAGCCUGAGGCCACGGAUACCGCAGCUAAGGAGGCCAAGAGUGUGGACUUGCUGGCAGCCCUUCCCACGCCUCCCCACAACCAGAACGAGGAUGUCAGAAUGGAGAGCGAUGAUGACAGUGAUGCUCCAGACAGUGUGGUCAUGGCGUCCUCCCCCGAAAGCGUGCUGCAGGACGACGUGCCCCGAUUCCCCCUGCUGGGGGAGCGACGGCCGGGGGACAGAGAGGACACCGCCUCCCCCGUCAUUCCCAUCAUCCCCCGCUCUGCUAUACCCGUUUUUCCCAAGACUGAACCAUCAGGAGCACCGAGACAGCUCCCUGAGCAUGCUGGGAAGGCGGCAUCUGGGCCGAGUCGCCGGGACGAGCCCAAGAGUGGGGAUGUGUCCGUCACCUUCACUCUCGCUACGGGCGCGGCCAAGAACCUCAACGCCGUGAUGAGCGCCGUGGCCCGGCUCUUACGGGUGGAGACACCCGGCUCGUAUGAGGUCACCUUUCCCCCGGGGGACGGCGAGCCGACCGCGGCCCCCACUGACCCUGCGACUGCGGCUGUUUGUGUGAAGUCGGACCCUGCAGAGAAGGAGGAGAAGGCUGAUUGGCUGAAGCAGGGAGGCGUUUCUUUACCUGGCUGUUCUCUGAAAAAGCAGAUGGACAUCCUGUCCAUAAUAGACCCGGAGCCCUCUGAGCAGCAGGACAGGCCGGUCCAGCACCGCUACCUGAACAAUGAUUUGGACCUAGACGUGCGUCGCCUGCCAGUCAUUCCGGUGGAGGAGUCUCCCCCCGAGUCUCCCUCCCCUCCCUCCCCACCCCCUCCCGCUCCUUCUCCACCUCCGCCACCCCCGCUGCCGCCUUCACAGACUCCAGCCGAGCCCAGCUCCCCCCUCCCCUCCGCCCCCAGAAGCCCUCCCAUCGACACCGAGCCCGAGUCGGACCCGGCCCUCCCCCCGCAGGCCGACCCCGCCGUCCCGCGCAGCCGCUCUCCGUCGGGGGACGAGGGGGAGCCGGCUCCCCAGGCCAAAAAGUGGAAGGGCCUGCGCUGGAAGAGGCUGGUGCUGGACGGCGACGCGGUCCCCCCGCGGCCGGAGGACCCGUGCGACGGCGUGUCCGAGCUCCUGGAGCGUCUGCGCAUCACGCUGCGGCCGGACAAGCUCCCCAGGGACCUGCGCAGCUGCUGCUUCUGCCUGGAGGAGGGCGACGGCGCCACCGACGGGCCCGGCCGGCUGCUCAACGUGGACGUGGACCUGUGGGCCCACCUCAACUGCGCGCUGUGGUCCACGGAGGUGUACGAGACGCAGGGCGGGGCGCUGGUCAACGUGGAGGCGGCGCUCCGGCGGGGGCGGCGCACGCGCUGCGCGGGCUGCAGGAAGGCGGGGGCCACGGGGGGCUGCGCCCGGCCCCGCUGCCUGGCCUCCUACCACUUCGCCUGCGCCAUCCGCGCGCAGUGCAGCUUCUUCAAGGACAAGACCAUGCUGUGCCCGCAGCACCGGGCCAAGGGCGCGCCCUGCGACGAGCUGGCCGGCUUCGCCGUGUUCCGCCGCGUCUACGUGGAGCGCGACGAGCUCAAGCAGAUGGCGGGCGUGCUGCGGCGCGGGGACCGCCUGCACACCUUCCGCGUGGGCGGCCUCAUCUUCCACUCGCCGGGCCAGCUGCUGCCCUCGCAGAUGGCCGCCUUCCACUCGCACACCGCCAUCUUCCCCGUGGGCUACGAGGCCACGCGCAUCUACUGGAGCACCCGCGCGCCCAACCGCCGCUGCCGCUACCGCUGCCGCGUGUCCGAGGCCGAGGGCCGGCCGCUCUUCCAGGUGCGCGUGCUGGAGCAGGGCCAGGAGGACCUGCUGCUGCGAGACUCCAGCCCCGAGGGGAUCUGGAGCCGGAUCGUGCAGCAGGUGGCCACUCUGCGCAGGGAGGCGGCCAUGCUGACGCUCUUCACCGAACACGUGAAGGCCGAGGAGAUGUACGGGCUGACCGUUCACGCCGUGCUCCGCAUCACCGAGUCUCUACCUGGGGUGGAGGGCUGUCAGAACUACAGCUUUCGUUACGGACGCCACCCACUGAUGGAGCUUCCGCUCAUGAUCAACCCCACUGGCUGUGCCCGCUCUGAACCCAAGAUCCUUACCCACUACAAGAGGCCCCACACUUUAACCAGCACCAGCAUGUGCAAGGCCUACCAGAGCACCUUCAUCGGAGACAUCCCCACGCCCUACAGCAAGCAGUUCAUCCACUCCAAGUCGUCGCAGUACCGGCGGCUGAAGACGGAGUGGAAGACCAACGUGUACCUGGCCCGCUCCCGCAUCCAGGGCCUGGGCCUGUACGCCGCCCGGGACCUGGAGAUGCACACCAUGGUCAUCGAGUACAUCGGCACCACCAUCCGCAACGAGGUGGCCAACCGCCGCGAGAAGGUCUACGAGGAGCAGAACCGAGGAAUCUACAUGUUCCGGGUGAACAAUGAAUACGUGAUCGAUGCCACGCUGACCGGAGGCCUGGCCCGAUACGUCAACCACUCCUGUGCCCCCAACUGUGUCACCGAGGUCGUGACCUGUGACAGGGAGGACAAGAUCAUCAUCAUCUCCAGCAGGAGGAUCACUAAGGGGGAGGAGCUGACCUAUGACUACCAGUUUGAUUUUGAGGACGAUCAGCACAAGAUCCCCUGUCACUGCGGGGCCUGGAACUGCCGCAAGUGGAUGAACUGAGGUACCGAUGGACCGAAGCAGGGUGUCGGGGAGCAGGGAGGGGAAGAGAGGGAGCAGGGCCACUGUUACAGCCCUGGGACUCUGCAACCCAGUCUAUAAGCUUUUCUCUUUUUUCCUUUUUCUUUUUUUUUCAGGGAAAGACAUUUUACUUAUCAUUUAGGAAAGAUGAAAAUAAAAGUACUUUUAACAAAUGCAUGAAUGAUUUUUUUUUUUUAUCGAAUGGGAGGUCACAACACCAGGAGCCAAAGGCGUGUACGGGCAAAUGGAUGAAGUCCACGCGUGUUCCACGCGUUGCCCAUUUCUGCACCACAGAAAAAGGAAGGGGGCAAGUGUGACCGGGGUGUGGGUGGCACUACUGAACACCAGAGCGGUCCGAAAGCACCCACCCCUUCUCUCCCCCUCACCCCCCGCUGGACCCCACAGAAACACAGCGUUCACAACGCUUUCCUCUCCUCCCCACACCGUGUGCUUGCCGUAACGUUCAGGCGACUGCGUUGAGGAACAGCAGGGGAACGCGCAGCAGGUGCGUUGAGGAACAGCAGGGGAACGCGCAGCGGGUGCGUUGGGAGUUGUGAUCGUUCCUUUGUCCCCCCCGUUCACCACGAGACCAGACCUCGACCCCUCAGCGGAGCCACAGACGCCAUGGUUACCGACAAUCCCGCGAGGGGGAGCUGGUGUGGGAGGGUGCGGGCACCGCUAGACUAAGGGAUGGGAUCGCUCUUCGGCCUGGAGCAGGACGACGCUAUACUGUGCAUAGCUGAAGGUGGGUUAGUCUGACCCUGUCUACCUCAUUGAGUCUGUGGGACCUGUCAGCUUUAUCAAAUGUAAAGGCUAUUGCGGAGAGGGUGAGCUGUUUUUAAAUGUACUAAAGCUGCUGUAGAGAGGAGCUUGGGACGCGGGUUUGUGUGCAGGAUGGGGAAGGCCACAUUCACGGCAAGCGGUCUCGGUAAAGUGGGGAAAUGUAUUGACAGGGUUGCUGUCCAGGUCUAGCUUAUGAUAAUGAUAACAGAAGAUUUAAUAUCCAGUAUCGUUGUUGUCAGUGUAUGUAUAUGAACUGCAUUAACUAUUUGGACAAAUCUGUGCAUUAAGAAAUUAUCGGGUCACAGGCCAAACUAAACUGUAAAUUUAGGAUCGCAUUGGUCAGUAUUUAUGGGUUUUGUUUCACCAAACAAGUUUAUAUUCGGAAGACUGGUGUUUUACGCUACCGUACAAGGAGAAGCAGAACUUGCAGCCCAGAUUCAGUCCUAACCACUUUGCACUAUGAAUUAUAAGCUUAAGCAAAUUGAGCUUUUUUUUACAUUUUAGCAACAGCAGAGAAUCUUGCCUACUAAGCAGAUGUAACAUGUUGCAUAUGUUGUACAGAUUUAAAGACCAGGUGCAUUGUGGGUAGACUGAAUGGUGACCUGACUUGUUUGAAUUGUGAUGUAGAGGACUUCAGUUGUAGUCCAAACUGAUUGUCUUGCCCUGUGCCACUUGGGUCAGGAGGGGGUGGGGUGUUAACAUUGUGGCCCAAAGUCCCAGAUUUCUUCCACUCUCCCUCCUUAGCAUUGUGCACGCAGACUUCUCCCAAGUGGGUCCUGCCAGUAGUGGGCACCAUUACCUUCACUUGAAUCAGCAGUGAACGGUUAACAGGUGGUGAUUUUCUUGGUGACACAAAAUGGGGACAGCAGAAGACGGGGGAAAAAGGGCAUUUAUUUUUACUGUCUUUUUUCCCCCUUUUUAAUCAAAUGGCAAUUUUCUUCAAAAUGCAAAACAGGAGUUGUAUUGUAUCCACAGGCCUACAUUACUUUCUCUUCUUCCUUGACCUUUGACCUCAGUUGCUGUAAAAAAUGAAAAAAAAGCCAACUGUACAAACUGUAUAUACACAUCAGGGGGCCAGAACUCUUGUUCCAGCCCUUUUUUAAUCUGUAAUUGUGAAAUAGAUGAAAAUCAACCACUGGAUAUCGUUUUAUUAGCAGAUUUAAGUAAAUAUAUACAAAUAUAUAUAUAUACAUACAUAUAUAUAUAUAUUAUAAAAUGGUAAACUGAAAUCUAUGUACCUGAAAUGGGAGUUGUUUUUUUGCAUUUACCUGGUUUUGUAUUAGAUUUUUUGCAAUAAGCUUGUAAAAAGCGGCUGUAAAUUUUUAGCUGGACAAAGACGAUAAGUAUUUUUGUUUAUUGCCAAUGAUUUUGAUAAGAAGUGGGCUGAAUAAUAGACUUUGCUCUUUACAGAAGGGUUUUUGUUUCAGAAAGGCAUCCACCAUUUCCUUGUUUUAUUUUGCAGUCCACAUGAUUGCGGAAUGCGCUGCAGUUGUGUGUGAUGUGGUUGUAUUUUUUUUUUUUUCUUGCUAUUUAUGUUUCUGCUUGUGAAUACUUAUAGUACAUCUGCCCUAGUCAUCAGAUUUCUCUUUCCUUUGCUCUUUCAAAUAUCUUUACCUCCUUGGCUUUAUGAUUAUUUAAUUUUCUACUUUAGAAGUUGGGAUGUGUUGGAACAGCUUGUGUGAAAUUACGAGCCGGUCAACCCUAGCUAUUUUAUAUUGUGGUGUGAUUUUAAUUUUAACUACUAAUUUUGGUUUGUUUCUUUUCAAGGGAAGACUAUGACAAAAAUGAAGUUCACUGGAUAUUUUUGCCUGAAUAAAAUUUGUUUUUGUGUUGGAAUAUCCUAAUUUAAGUUUUCUGACUAGCGUUUAAUUUAAAGCAUUACCUUUUUAAGAUGUUUCAUUUGUACAGCAGCUACAGUACCUUUAGGGAAGACGAGUAAUAAAAUGAUCUUUUUUAUGUAUGUAGCAUAUUUUGUAUGUUAUAAUUUGAAUUCUUUUUUUCCCUACUAUGCCCAAGGUUAUUCUUAUUCCUUUCCUCACAUUUCAUUUCUGCCUCAAUUUUAUUUCCUAUAAAGAAAAAUAAAUGCAUUUUAAAUAUGGA